AUGCAGGUGAAUUUGAAGAAUUAUAAAAAGGACACGGAGUUUUCGUACGAACCGUUCCUGGAGAUAUUGGGCACGGGGCUGGUGACGAGCGAGGGGGAGACGUGGCGGGAACAGCGACAACGGAUAUCGAGCGCGUUGCGGGUGGAGAUUUUAGACGACAUCAUAGCCAUCGCGACGCGCGCGGUGGACAGAUUGUCGGAAAAGUUGGAACGGGUGCGUGGGAAGAAUGAACCCGUGGAGCUCGCGGAGGAGUUCCGAUUGUUGACGUUGCAAGUGAUCGCGGAGGCGAUUUUGAGCCUCACCCCAGAGCAAAGCGACGAAGUCAUGCCGAAUUUAUAUUUGCCAAUCAUGGAGGAGUGCAAUCGACGUAGCUUGGAGCCGUGGCGCAAGUAUUUGCCCACGCCAGAGUGGUUCGCGCAUCGCAAGCGCGUGGCGAUGCUGAAUGAGUACAUCGUCAAUCUCAUUCGCGGUCGAUGGAAGAAGCGCACGUCGGGUGAGGCGAAUGAAAACCCGGACAUUCUCGAUCGCGUGCUCGCGUCCGUGGAGGUCGAGGACUACGGCGCGGACAUCGAGGAGCAAAUGUGCUAUGAGAUUAAAACUUUUCUGCUCGCCGGUCACGAAACGAGCGCGGCGAUGCUGAUAUGGACGACGUGGGAGUUGGUGAAUAACGAAGAAAAGAUGGCGAAAGCCGUCGCGGAGGCAAACAAGGUACUCGGCAAGGUGAAACCCGGUCGACUUCCCACGCGAGACGAGCUCGCACAUCUUGAUUACAACGUUUCCGCGCUCAAGGAAUCGCUCAGGCUGUACUCGGUCGUUCCAGUGGUCACCAGACGCGCCAUCGCUGACGACGUGUUGGGCGGAUGCCGCAUUCCAAAGGGCACGACGGUUAUCAUUAGCUUGCAAGGCGUGCAUCAUCGCGAGGAUUUAUGGCCAAACCCGUUAUCUUUCGAACCUGAACGCUUCUUAGACGGUAAGAACGACGAACUCGGCAACUACGCGUACUUGCCAUUCAUCCAAGGACCGCGUAACUGUCUGGGACAAUAUCUGGCGCUGCUCGAGGCGCGCGUCGUGCUCGCGACGCUCAUCAGACGAUUCAAGUUCAAGAGCGCGAGCACGAAGAACGGUGCUAAGCACACGAAAGCGAUUCCCAUCGCCCCCGCGGAUGGUAUGUGGUUUACCGUGGAGUAG